GGAAAGACAUCAAGGAACCCACUGGACUUUAACAUAGGUCAAAAGCACCCUGAAGACUGCAGGAGCAAGGAUGUGUGCCAGAAGAAAAAGCAGAAUCCACGCAGUGAGUGUGGGAAAGCCUUUAAAAUAGAUUCCAGAGUCAUUAACCACCAGUGCAUGCACUCAUUGAAGAGCCCAUACAAAUGCUCUGUUGGUGCAGAGAGCAAGAAAUGGAGACCCCACCACAGUGGCCACCAGUGCAUCCCCACAGGAGAGAGUCCCUUUAAGUGCACUGAGUGUGGGAAGAGUUUCACAGACAGUGGGAGCCUCACUUCCCACCAGCGAAUCCACACAGGAAAGAGACCCUACAAGUGCUUUGAGUGUGGGAAGAGCUUGAAAAAGAAUUAUGAACUCACAAAACACCAACGUGUUCACACAGGAGAGAGACCCUGUAAGUGUACUGAGUGUCAAAAGAGCUUCAAAAGCAAUUAUGAAUUGAAGCUCCACCAGCGCAUCCACACAGGAUCGAGACCAUAUGAGUGCUCUGAGUGUGGGAAGAGCUUUAAGAGGAGUUCUGAAUUGAAGCAGCACCAGGAUGUCCACUCAGGAGAGAGACCCUUUAAGUGUUGUGAGUGUGGGAAGAGCUUCAAAUGGAGUUCCACCUUCAGUUCCCACCAGCGCAUCCACACAGGAGAGAGACCCUUUAAGUGUCCAGAGUGUGGGAAGAGCUUCAGAAGGAGUUGUGAAUUGAAGCUGCACCUGUGCAUGCACACAGGAGAGAGACCGUAUAAGUGUCCAGAGUGUGAGAAGAGCUUUAAAAGCAGUUCUAAUCUCAACUCACACAAGCACAUCCACAGUGCAGACAGGCUGUAGAAGUACCCCAGAUUGUGAGAACCUUCAAAAGCAGUUCCAGCCUCAUUACCUACCAGCACAUCCACACAGCAGACAGAGCCUGCAAGUGCCACGAACGUGAGAAGAGCUUCCACCAGAGCCAUAGGCUGGUCACCCACCUGUGGCUUUGUGUGGUGAUGAACCUUACAAAUGCCUUAAGCAGAGGAAGAGCUCUGGGGCCAAACUAAAUCCUCUUCCUCCUUAUUUGCAUGGGAAUUACCCCUGUUGCUCUCUUUCAGUUGCAGACGGGCUGUUGAGUGGACAUGCAAAGAAGAGUCCAGAGUGGGAUGUGGCACAGCCUCUGGAAACCCUCUGCCAGGUGGCACGUUUCUGCCAGGGCUGCAUGCAGGGAGAUGCCUGGGGAAGUCUCCUCUUAUCUCCCCAGGGAAUCCCUUCUGCUGUGGGACAGCAGGUCAGGACCCACAGGAAACCUCAGCUGGGUCGAUAUGUCACCGGGAAGGAAGAAAACCUGUCUGCAGGGAGUGUGGGAAGAGCUUCAGCUGCAGCUCAACCCUCAGUAGACCCCAGUGAACCAACACAGGGGAGAGUCCCUAUGAGUGCCUUGACUGCAGGAGGAGGUAUGUCCAGAGCUGGGAGCUCAUCACACACCAGUGGAUCCAUGUGACGAACCGUACCAAUGUGCAACCUGCAAGAAGAGCUUUGGCCACAGCUCAAAUCUGCUGAGGUACCAGAAUGUCUGCACUUGGGGGAAGUCCAAUACGUGCCUGCACCAGUGAGUCCACGUGGCAAGAAGCCGUAGAAAUGCCUUGAGUGUGAGAAGGGCUUUGU